AUGGGGGAAAGGGAGGAAGAAAUGUUUGAAGUGGAAGAGUUGGAGAUCCUUGGGUGCCAACACCAGGAAUGGAGGCAAGCAGGGAAGAAGAAGAAGCCUGCAGUUCUGCUAUCCAUAUGGGAGGAGAUACAGCAGUUGGACAGGAAAAAGGAGUUGAGAGGGAGCAAAGUCCAGACCAAGUGCAAGCUAAUACAAGAUUGGUUGAAAAAGCCCCUCCAUUCAAAGAAGCCCAAACAAUCUGAGAUGAGGGAUCUUUUUGAAGAAAUAUGCAAUGGUGAACUUCCAUCUGCACAGCAAUCUCUUCAAAUGGAACAAUGGGGAUUGGCACCUGUUCUGCAAUGUGAUCAAGUCCUGUGUGCCUUACAUGCUGUGGUAUCUCACUAUCAUGGAAACACCACUCCCAGUGACACACUGUUCAAUCCCACCCUUGAUAGGUACCUUGUGCAGGCUGUGAAUGCCAUUGUGAGAGAAUUGGGCACAGCUGCAAGGGACCAGUAUGGUGCAGCCUCUCAGGGCCUUUGA